AUGCAACUCACCUCCACUCUCAUCUUUGCCAUUGCUGCGGCUGCACCUGUCCUCGGUAAUACUGCUGGCCCUUACGACAACACAACUUCCGUCAUCACUCGUACUGUUACCGCCUACGAGACCUACUGCCCUAAGCCAACCACCUUCACUGAGGGCACCAAGACCUACACUGCCACCAAGGAUGAGUGGGUUACCGUCAAGCACUGCCCCAUGAAGUGCACCAUCACCUACAACCCAUCCAAUCCAACCGUUGUCCCCGUUGGUGAGAAGCCAAAGUACAAUAACGGCACUAUCCCUGCUUGCCCUUGCCCCAAGGGUAAGAAGGAUUGCCCAUGUGCCAGCCCAGGGACCAACGGCACUACUCCAGGUGGUAAUGGUACCCCAGGUAGCCCAGGUACUCCAGGCACUUCUGGCAACAAUCCCUCUGAAAACACCCCAGGCUCCAACGGCGGUAGCAAUGAUGACAACACCCUUGUUUCAGCUAGCACUGCCAGCACUAUCUCGUCUGGAGCUCUCCUUGGCCUCGCUGCUGUCGCCGUUUACAUGUUGUAA